GACUGUUUCGGUUACCGUUUAUUGUUCUUCAGCAAAGAACACAAACGUUGUUUCAUCACCUUUUUCAUCAAAGAUUUCCCCCUUCCUUAUAACACUUUACCGCCACUGGACCCUUUGCGUUCUCCACGCCCUUCUCAGGUGCUUUUACAGUCAGCUGAAGCUCUUUCUCAUUGUCUCUCUGAGGCUGAGGGAGGAAAAAAGGGCAGAAGGCAGACACACAACCCCCUCAGUGUGGAGAGACACCUAAUAUCUCGCAGCAUCAUGCCCAGAUCUACCUUCCUGAUUCUGGGAGCUCUUCUAGGACUCGGCACUAUCUUCACAGACUGCAUGAAAUUUGUGCAAGAAAACAGACCGACAGCAGAUAAAACGACAGAAAGUGACAUGCUAACGCUCUGCUCACCGAUACCUCCUCCAUUGACUUCAUCCCCAGCAUCAGUUCAUACUCUCACUCCUGCUGAUAUUGGGGGACUUUACACACUGGGACUGCCUCUCGCACACAGGAAUGAAGUAUCUCGAGUCCUCACUAGACUAGCAGAGUUAAUCUCCAUGUUUAAUCCUGAGCUGAUCACUCAGCAUGUGGAUCAGACCUUACUGCAAACCAGGAGUUUAUUACAGGAGGUUGAGGAUCUGUGUGUAUCACUCAAUCAGGUGACGGAUUGGAAGAUUGUGUUUCUGUUUGUGCCAGCAGAUCUGGUUUGCACCUGUUCACCACAGGUAGAUGUGAAUGUCAAAACUGUAGUGCAGGAAGUAGAUGAAGCGCUACAGAUGCUGCAGAAUCGGUUGCAUCGCACUUUAGUUCAUGUAGUAGUCUGGAGUGAACAUUAUACAGAAGAAAAAUGUAAUUGUAGAGAUGAACUUGUAAGUCAACGCUUGCAAAAAGCAAUUUUACUGAAGGUGAUGCAGGACUUUCUAAAUCAAAGUUUAAAAGCAUCAUCAUGGUACAACGGUGUAGACUUCAGUGUUGUGCUGCAGUCUUCUCCUGCGUUCCUCAAAACCAACUCAGAGUCAGAAAACACUUGGUCAGAGCUCAACCGGCUAGCUAUUCAACUGUGGACAAACCUGCUCCAACCAGCAUCAGGCCCGACUGUGGGUGUGGACAUGAUCAUCCCAUGUCCCACACGGGAGCAUCCUUUUCUACGAACACAGAUGAAUAGUAAAGAAGAGACUCUGUCUCUGAGGACGGCCUCUAAACCAGCAGAUCCUGUCAUGGGCACAGAGGUGCUUUGCACAGAGCGCAGUCCAUCUUCCAGCACACCUAAGUCAGUUCAUGAGCUCAGACCUGCAGAUAUUAAAGUGGUGGCAGCCGUGGGUGACUCGCUCACAGCAGCCAAUGGUGUGGGUGCAACAAACGACAAUCUACUGUUAGUGAUUAAUGAGUACAGAGGACUGUCAUGGAGCAUUGGAGGUGAUGAAAAUGUUACCACGGUGACGACUCUACCAAACAUCCUUAAGGAAUUUAACCCUUCACUGACUGGAUUCUCAAAAGGAGUCGGUAACCAGAACAGCCCGGCAGCUUCUCUUAAUCAAGCUGUGGCAGGAGCGAGGAGUGGUGAUAUGGUGCGGCAGGUACGCGCUCUAGUGGACAAGAUGAAAAGGGACUCGAGUAUUGACUUCCACAACGACUGGAAAGUGAUCACCAUGUUUAUUGGUGGAAAUGACAUCUGUGACUUCUGCACGGACAGCAUCUCCUUUUCACCCAGGAAUGUUGUCAGUCAAAUCCAACAAGCUCUGGACAUCCUCCAUAGUGAAGUGCCUCGCGCUGUUGUCAACCUGGUGGAGCUGUUAAGUAUUACACCACUGCGUGAUCUGCACAAAGAUAAAUCCCUAGGGUGCCCCACCUGGUUUGUUGAAAUAGUUUGUCCCUGUGUGGUGAAGCCCAAAGACGGAACUUCUGAACUGCAGAGGUUAAUCGACUUCAACAGAGCGUAUCAGUUUGCUAUGAGAGAGCUUGUUGAUUCUGGACGAUACGACACACACGACAACUUCUCAGUGAUUCUGCAGCCUUUCUUCAGAGAGGUUUUCCUUCCCAGAUUAGAGGAUGGCCGACCUGAUCGCUCCUACUUUUCACCAGAUUGUUUCCACCUCAGUCAGAAAGCUCACACACUCAUGGCUCGCUCGCUGUGGAACAACAUGUUGGAGCCAGUGGGCAAUAAGACGUUCAGAGAAGACUUUACAUCAGGCAUUGAUUUGAAGUGCCCCUCUCAGACAAACCCUUUCUUGAGAACAGCCCUCAACAGCAACUACACCUUCCCAGGUCCUCCACCCAGUCCUCCUCCAGUUACGAACUGGGGCAGCGACUUCUCCUGUGUGAACACAGCUCCAUCCAACUCUGUGCCCACUUCAGUUCACAGACUACAUCCAGCAGAUAUCAAGAUAGUGGCAGCUUUAGGAGACUCUAUAACGGCUGGUUUUGGUGCAAAAGCACAAAAUUUACUCCAGCUAAAAAAUGAAUACAGGGGAGUGUCCUGGAGCAUUGGAGGAGAUGACUCUCUUGAGACUGUCACAACACUUCCCAAUAUCCUCAGGAAGUUCAACCCGGACAUCAAAGGGGUGUCAAAGGGAAUUGGGAAAAGGCAGACGGGCUUCAACAUGGCGGUGUCUGGGGCUAAGAUGGCAGAAAUCCCACAGCAGAUCCACAAUCUGAUUAUCACCAUGAAGAACGACUCUACGGUGAAUUUUCAAAACGACUGGAAGCUUGUGACUCUUUUCAUUGGAGGCAAUGACCUGUGUCAGUACUGCAAUGACCGGGUUACUCUGUCACCUCAGAACUACAGCCAUCAUAUGAGGAUGAGCUUGGACAUCCUCUACAAAGAGGUUCCCAGAGCAAUUGUCAACGUCUUAGAGAUCCUGGAGAUUGAAGGCCUUCGCAGGAUUAAAAGCGACAGUCUCGGGUGUAAUUUGAUACAAAAGCAGGUCUGUCCCUGCUUCCUCCUGCCUGGAGAGGAUUCACCAGAGCUGGCCGAAAUCAAACGGAUCAAUCGGGAUGUACAGAUUGAGACUGAAAAGCUGGUGUAUGGAGGCAACUAUGAUGGCAGAGAAGACUUUGCAGUAGUACUCCAACCUUUCUUUAAAAAUACCAUUGUUCCCCUAGACACUGAUGGCAGGCCCGACUCCACCUACUUCUCUAAGGACUGUUUCCACUUCAGCGAACGAGGACAUGCUGACAUGGCAAUUGCUCUGUGGAACAAUAUGUUGGAGCCGGUGGGGCAAAAACAGACGUACAACAAUUUCACUAAUGCCAGAAAUAACCUAAAGUGCCCCACUGAGGAGCAUCCAUAUAUCUUCACAAAGGGGAACAGUUUUCCCACAACCACCUCAGAUUGUUCUGGUAGUGUUCCAGCCUGGCUCGCCGCUGUGCUGGCCAUUGUGGGCCUUCUGAUUGGCUGGGUCAUCACCUGGACUGUCUUCUUCUGCAGAGACAAGACCAGCAAGAGGAAGAUGAUGACAUCUUCACUGGGGAUGAAGGAGACAACGUUUUAAAAAUCUACUUGUUGGGGGGGGGGGGG